CUCGAUUUCACUUACUACGCACUACACUCAUUCAGUCGAUCUAUUCAGUCCAGACGACAAGCAAGUAGCAAACAAAUUUUGGCAGUGUUUUAUUCAAAUCAUUUUUAAUAGUUCGGAUAUGGCUUGCGCGCUGGAUGUCGCCGAUUUAUUUCGCAGGUUAGGUCUACAGGACAAUAAAGGCUUCGUUAUUAAAAUCCGCAGAGAUGUCAUGAUAGUAGAGGAAAUCAUUUCCGCAGCUGGUAAUAUCGGUUAUCGCACCGCUGACUUCGAUUUUUCCAAGCCGUACACCACAAUGGACAACACUUCCUUGCUUCGUGCCCGUUUUUCCGGGAUACCUAAUAUUCGUCGCAUACUAAGGAUUCAGAACCCAUAUCUAUAUGCUGCGUUCCUGCUGAAAAAACAACAGAAAGGUGGCACCGCCACUGUGGAAGAGUUAUUCCAUGGUACAAGAACAGAAAACGUCGAUUCGAUUUGUACAAACAACUUGAAUUACCGCUUGAGAGGGAGGUAUGGACAUUUGGGAAAUAAAUAUGGUAACGGGGUGUCGUUUUCUCCAACUAUAGGGUAUGCCAAAACGUUUCCAAGAAGAGUUGAUGGCGAGAAAGCUAUGUUUAUCGUCAGAGUAAUAAAACAAGGGUAUUGCACAGGAUCCUUGGGGUUACAAAUCCCACCACCUGGUAUUGAUACAAGUAUAAGCAGAGAUAGAAACGUGUGGGUGAAAUAUUGUGAUAAUGAAUUUUAUCCAGCUUAUGUCGCCUAUUAUUCGUCAAACGACCGGCGCCUUCCUAUCGGUAUGUUAUUCUAAAACCAAUCUAUAUAUUCCUAUUUUAGUGCUGUCCCAAAAUGUCAAUGGCCACAAAGCUUGAGAGGCUCAUCUUCAAAGUUUACAUAGCCUCAAAGGUGUACAUUUUGACUGUCCAGUGUGUAUAGUGUAUAUGCACUUGCUACAUUUUGACUGUCCAGAGUGUGUACGUAUAUAGUGUAUAUGCACUUGCUGACGAUCGAAACUAGCUCGAUGUUAACCUCUUUGACAGGUAUGUUAAAAAACGGUAGAAGAUAGUUGAGACCAUGAGAUACAUAUACUUGAGUACGUACUAGUAAUUAUCCGGUCGUGCGUUUUCGGUAUAUGGAUAUAAUGCAGUAGGAAUAUCGGCCUCCUUGAUUUUCAUAGUAUUCUCUACUUCAGAGAGACUGGGGUAUUUCUAGGUUUCAACUGUUCUGUGUCAGCGCUUUCCUAUUGUUUUCUUUUCGAAUCUUCAGAAAUUUUAUGAAGAUUUAUAACAGAUGAUAAAAAUAGAGUUUUAUCACCCUAAAAAUUCUUAGGAUUCAAAAAGAAAAUAUAACCUCAAAAUAGAGCGCUCAGACGAAACAGUAUAAAUCUAGAAAUACCCCUGCCUUGCUGAAGGAUAGGAAAAACAAUGAAACUCACGUCACAUGUCCGUUUUUUUGUACAGCCUGUCUGGAGGAGUGAAUACUUAUAUUCAUCUGGUUGUUUCAGCCUAAAAUUAAUUUAGAGAUUGGUUGUUGUAGAAAAAUUGUAAUUUUGCUUGAACCUAGAGUCACACGAUUAAAGCCACGGUCUUGUACUCUUGUGCUCGACUGUGUAGUCAUGGCUUACCUGUCUCAGAGGUUAAAACCCAGCUAGUUUGUACACUACAGACUACAUAAAUAUAUGGUGGUUAAUCUAAAUGUCUACCCUACAUCAAUUUCUCUGCGUCAAAACUGUACACAUUUAAGGCUUGAUCAAUCUUGAAGAUGACGCCCUCUAGCACUCUCAAGCUUUGUGCCUAUUGACACUUGUGAUGAAGAUGGAAAUAAGAAUAUAAUUCUUACGUUUUGGGGAAAAUUCAUCUAAACUCAUAUACAGUUACCUGAAAAGAUUUUUUUUCAAUCCUUCACUGUCCAAAAAAUAGAUAUUGAUUUAUAAAAUUUGUUAUUGCCUCUCUUAAAAACCUACCUAUACCUACAGAUGAAAUACUAUUUAGGUUUGUGGAAUUUGUCAACUAUGGUAAUACUAUAUUUAUUUUUCAUUAUUCCAAAAAAUAUGUUUGUGUUAAUACAAAAUGUUCAGACAUUUGUGAACUAUUGUUGAACUAUAAACGUGGAUUGGGUGUUCUGAAAAGUUUGAAGAUACCAUCCACCUUGAGUUUCUUAUGUUUUAUUCCUUUAUUAUGUAUGUUGUAUAUUUAAAAAGCGUUUAUAAAUUUUCCUAACUCACACAAGCCUAACCUAGGGUCACAUGGGAAGGGCUAACGUCAUUAGGUUGAGUACAAUUAAGUUUAUUUGACUUUAUAAAGCUGACAUAAAAAAUGUUCUUACUUAAUCCAGUAUUAUACAUAUGUUUAAACGAUAAAAGUAGAUUUUUUUUAUUCUCUUAAAUUUAUCUAUCAAACACAUUGUUUACAUGCGUAUUGUGUUAUGUAAAAUUAAUUUUAAGUUGUUUUUUUAUAUGUAUUUAAUCAAUGCUUUAUUGGAAUGUUAAUUGUUAAAAGCAUUUAUAAACUCAUACAACCUUAGCCUAACUCAAUGUCACAUGGGAAGUGCUACGUCAUUAGGUUGAGUACAAUUAAGUUUAGGUAACUUUAUAAGACCGACAUUAUAAAAAAUGUUCUUACUUAAUCCAGUAUUACUUUUUUUUAUUAUCCCUUUAAAUUUAUCUAUCAACCACAUUAUUCACUUGCUUAUUGAGUUAUGUAAAAUUAUUUUUAAUUUAAUUUUUAAUACAAUAUUUAAGUUGUUUUCUAUAUGUAUUUAAUCAACGCAUUAUUGGAAUGUUAAUUGUUACAAGCGUUUAUAAAGUCUCCUAACUCAUACAACCCAUGGGAAGUGCUACGUCAUUAGGUUGGGUACGAUUAAGUUUAGGUGACUAUAAAGCAGACAUUACAGAACGUGCUCUUAUUUAAUCUUGUAUUAUAUGUUUAAACGAUAAGAGAAUUAUUUUAGUAUACCUUAUUUUAUAUUUAAUCAAUGCAUUAUUGGG